AUGGGGAGAAACUCUCUCUCGCUCGAGAUCGACGACAAUGGCGGCGCCGGAAGAGACGGGAAUCACAACGCGAACAACGUCGCCGGAAAUGGAGAGAUAUCUUUCCACUCCGUCCGGGAUCGUCUCCGUCUCAAGAGGAAUUCAAGCGAUAGGCGAGAUCGAUCUCACUCCGGUUUGGAUCGGCCUUCCUUGCGUAGCCGACCUCAUCACAUUGGCCGAUCACUGAACCGCAAGGGCUUGCUCUCGCUGCUUAAGCCCCGUGGCACCUGUUUGCUCUACUUUCUGGUCGCGUUCACGGUUUGCGCGUUCGUCAUGUCCUCGCUGUUGCUUCAGAAUUCGAUUACUUGGCAAGGGAAUGUGAAGGGAGCGCAAGUGAAAAGCCAAAUUGGUUUGGGGAGUACGUUGAAGUACGUCCCUGGAGGAAUUGCGAGGACAUUAAUUGAAGGCAAAGGCCUUGAUCCCUUGCGCUCGGCGGUCAGGAUCGGCGUUCGUCCGCCCAGACUGGCUCUCAUACUAGGGAAUAUGAAGAAAGAUCCCCGAACACUAGUGUUGAUCACAGUGAUGAAGAAUCUUCAAAAACUGGGCUAUGUGUUUAAGGUUUUUGCCGUAGAGAAUGGUGAAGCACGUUCAUUGUGGGAACAGUUGGCUGGCCACGUUAAACUUUUGGUUUCAGAUAAGCCGGAUUGGACAAUUUUUGAAGGUGUUAUUGCUGAUUCGCUUGAAGCAAAAGAAGCCAUUUCAAGCCUUAUGCAGGAGCCGUUUCGUUCAGUACCACUUAUAUGGAUAGUUCAUGAAGAUAUUCUUGCAAAUCAGUUGCCUGUUUACCAAAAGAUGGGGCAGAAUUCUCUAAUCUCCCACUGGAGAAGUGCUUUUGCAAGAGCAAAUGUGGUUGUUUUUCCACAGUUUACUCUGCCGAUGCUGCAUAGCGUUCUUGAUGAUGGGAACUUCGUUGUGAUUCCGGAAUCAGUAGUCGAUGUUUGGGCUGCAGAAAGCUACAGUGAAAGCCACACAAAGCAAAAACUGAGGGAGAGUAAUGAAUAUGGCGAGGAUGACCUGAUCAUUAUGGUGCUUGGGAGCUCCUUCUUUUAUGAUAAAUUUUCUUGGGAUAAUGCUGUGGCAAUGCACCUGUUGGGACCACUUUUAACACGAUAUGGGAGGAGAAAAGAUACCAGCGGUUCCUUUAAGUUUGUUUUUCUAUAUGGUAAUUCUACCGCAGGACAGAGUGAUGCUGUACAGGAGGUUGCAUCGAGGCUUGGGUUGACCGAAGGCACUGUUCGGCAUUUUGGUUUGAAUGAGGAUGUGAAUAAAGUUCUACUGAUGGCUGAUAUUCUUGUUUAUGCUUCUUCCCAAGAGGAACAAAAUUUCCCUCCAUUGAUUGUGCGAGCUAUGAGCUUUGCCAUCCCUAUCAUAACACCCGACUUUCCUGUUAUGAAAAAAUAUAUGACUGAUGAAGUUCAUGGAAUAUUUUUUCGAAGAAAUGACCCUGAUGCAUUGUUGAAGGCAUUCUCACCCUUGAUAUCAGAUGGAAGGCUCUCUAAAUUUGCUCAAGCAAUUUCGUCUUCAGGAAGACUUUUAACUAAGAACUUGAUGGCAACAGAAUGCGUAACUGGUUAUGCCAGGCUUUUGGAGAACACACUCCACUUUCCAUCUGAUACUUUCUUGCCAGGUUCUAUUUCUCAACUUCAAGUGGGCGCAUGGGAGUGGGGUCUGUUCAGGAGCGAAAUAGGGCAGCGAAAAAACUUCAUUGGGGACUCCGCCUCUGCAUCCGUUGGAAGACCUGGAACUGUUUUCCAAGUCGAAGAGAAGUUCAUGGGUGUGGUUGAGCCAAUAGACCCUGUUGACAACAAUACCGUAUUUCUUUCGGACGAUAUUCCUUCCAAAUUAGACUGGGAUAUUCUUGAAGAGAUCGAGGGAGCGGAAGAGUACAAUAAAGUAGAAUCUGAGGAGCUAGAGGACAGAAUGGAUAGAGAUGUUGAUGACUGGGAGGAAAUAUACCGGAAUGCUCGCAAAUCGGAGAAGUUGAAAUUUGAGGUGAACGAACGGGAUGAAGGAGAGCUAGAACGAACUGGUCAGCCUUUAUGUAUUUAUGAGAUUUACGAUGGAGCUGGUGCUUGGCCCUUUCUGCAUCAUGGCUCUCUGUACCGUGGUUUGAGCCUGUCCAGCAAAGAUCGAAGGCUAAGCUCAGACGACGUAGAUGCAGCAGACCGAUUACCUUUACUGAAUGAUACUCAUUAUCGAGAUAUCCUCUGCGAAAUCGGGGGAAUGUUUGCUGUUGCGAACAAAGUGGACAGCAUUCACAUGAGACCUUGGAUUGGAUUUCAGUCAUGGCGUGCAGCUGGUAGGAAGGUCUCGUUAUCAUCUGAAGCUGAAGGGUCCCUCGAAGACAUUAUACAACAAGAAACCAAGGGGGAGAUUGUUUACUUCUGGACAAGAUUAGACAUUGAUGGCGACGCCCUUGGAAGAAAAAAUGCGCUUACUUUCUGGUCUAUGUGCGACAUCCUUAACCGAGGAAACUGCAGAACCACAUUUGAAGAUGCAUUCCGGCACAUGUAUGGAUUGCCAGAACACAUUGAAGCGCUUCCUCCGAUGCCUGAAGAUGGUCAUCACUGGUCCUCUCUCCACAACUGGGUCAUGCCAACUCCGUCGUUCCUCGAGUUUGUCAUGUUCUCAAGGAUGUUCUCGGAGUCUCUAGAUGCACUGCACAACAAUCUUAACGACACUAAAAGUUGCUCACUCGCUUCAUCGCUGCUAGAGAGAAAGCACUGUUACUGCCGGGUUCUGGAAUUGUUGGUUAACGUGUGGGCAUAUCACAGCGGGAGAAAGAUGGUUUACAUAAACCCGAGAGACGGUUCACUCGAGGAACAACAUCCAUUACCGCAACGAAAAGGUUUAAUGUGGGCUAAGUACUUUAACUUCACACUGCUGAAAAGCAUGGACGAAGACUUGGCAGAAGCAGCAGACGAUCAAGACCAUCCACGAGAAAGAUGGCUAUGGCCACUAACCGGAGAAGUGCAUUGGAAAGGCGUUUACGAGAGGGAACGCGAAGAAAGAUACCGAUUGAAAAUGGACAAGAAACGUAAAACUAAGGAGAAACUUUACGAUAGGAUUAAAAAUGGUUACAAGCAGAAAUCACUUGGAGGAUGA